UUAUACUAUUUCGUUGGACGAAACAAUAUGGCAACACCACAGCGCGAUGCUGUUCGAGCCAGAGCCACUUCCACCUAGAACUAGAUCUUCGCAAUAAAGUGACUGCCUUAAAAUUGCGUGGGAAUAUAUUGGUUACUGGUUCAAGUGAAAACUAUCUUAAAGUUUGGAACAUCAAAACUGGUGAAUGCAACCAUACUAUUGAUUUUGGUGCUGAUGUUUUAUGUGUCGAUUUUCUUGAAGAUAUGGAUGUUAUCGCUUGUGGCUCAUAUUAUGGGUAUUUUGGGUGUAAAAUAUUUUCUCUUUCGAAAGGUGAAUUCCUUGACCAAUUUCUUUCAGGACAAUGGAUAGGAACUCAAUGUAUGGCCAUGAACAAAGAAUAUAUAGUAUUAGGCACUUGUAAAGGUUUAAUACAUGUUAUAUCAUGGGCUGACGGUAGAAAAGUCGCAUCGUUUCAUAAGCAUCCUAAUGCGGUCGCUGGUGUACGGUUUAUCGGUCGCAAUAUAAUUCUUUCUGUUUCAACUAAUGGUGCAAUUGAUACGUUCAAUCUUGCUACAAAUGAACAUCACCAAUAUUAUAUUUCUCCAAGAACAUCAAUUAGUACCUGCGCAUUUGAUUAUCAAGGUGAAGGUCGCGAUCUUUUAUGUAUCGCUCCUUCUGGUUCUAUUUUUCACUUAAAAUGGAAAGCGAUGGAUCGCAGCAUUGAAUCAUCUCAAUGUUCAGAAACUGAGGAGGAUAAAAAAAUUAAUUCAUCUCAAUGUUCAGAAACUGAGGAGAAUAAAAAAUAUUGGCAUAUUUUUUCUCAAGAUCCCGAAAUUCAUUAUAAAAACGAAAAUAUUUUGUACCGUAUGCUUUGUGCAGGAAUUGAUGCUAAAUACAACCAUGGAGUGAUUGGUUCACUUGUUUCUUUCCCACCUAAGGGCCAUCUUCUUGUUUACAACUUUCUUACGGGAUUAAGUAGUAAGGAUAUAAUAUGCGGCCCAAAAAACUCUUCAAAUGUAGAAGAUGGUGUAUUUAAUAUGUUAGGAAUUGAUGAAGAAAGAGUCGUGGCGGGUUGUUCAAGGGGUUUUAUUUAUUGUUUUGAGUUUGGUUUCAAUGAUUCAGACUCUGAUGUGUUAAAGGAGUUUCAGGAUGUACAAGGCAGUCCAAGUGCGAAUCACAAAAAGCUUCAGGAUACUCAAGGCAGUCCAAGUGUGGGUCACAGAAAGUUUCAGGAUACUCAAGGCAGUCCAAGUGUGGGACACAGAAAGUUUCAGGAUGCUCAAGGCAGUCCAAGUGUGGAUUACAGAAAUCAAGACUUGAACAAGAAAUCCAUUUCAUCUUCAAAUCAAUCAACGUGCGAGAAGUUGGAUAGUUUACUUUCAACUGAUUACGAUAAUGAUAUAAAUGAAUUAGAAGAGAGUAAAGAAUAUUCAUUAGAUAAUCAAGACUUUCGACAUCCUCCAUUGGAAUUGUCAGAAACUUGCGAGUAA